AUGUGGCCGUUCACUAGGGAGAAACAGACGGAGGAGGUGACGGCAGACUUGGCUCCCGAAGUCCAGCAGUUCUUCCACGAUGCCAACCCCGAACAGAGCAACCAGCUGAUCUUGGAGAUGACGCCGCACCAGCAGCGGGUCAACCAGGUGUUGGCUAAACACGCCGACUACAGCAGCGAGCUCGACGAGUACCGCCGCAAAAACCGCCCCCAGCUCGUGUGUCAAAUCAACUGUGCCGAGCUCCAGGAACAGGUGCUGAAGUGUUUCAAAGAAGCGAAAUACUGGCUGACCGACCCGUGUCGGGAACAGAUUGACCGAGCGAAACAGUGUGCCACUCUCACAUCCGACGCCUUGAAGCGAAUGCACUACCUGGACUGUUACCUGGUGAAACAGUGUGAUGCCAUCCGUUUCAUCAUCGACCGGGCGUUUGUGAAUAAUUUCGGCCGCUAUGGCGACGAGGGCAGCGAGGACGCCAUCGCCAAGUUUAACCAGGAGUUGGACCUGUAUUUCAACCAGGUGUGGAAGUAA